AUGUCUGUGAGGCGCUACAUCUUCCCCCUGCUGCUCAAAGCAGCAACUCUUGCGGCGGCAUCGCCUGUAGGCGUUGCUGUCUCAAACAGCAGCAGCAGCCUGCUUUCCUCCCCCCCUCCGUUCCCCAUUUCGUCCCCUCCCUCUCCUCAGGAAUUCGACUGGGCGUCCGUCGUCCCCAGUCACCAGCUGGACUUCCACGACUGCUACGGCAGCCUGAAGUGCGCCCGCUUGCUGGUCCCCCUGGACUGGAAGUCCGCGGGCGACAACCGCACCAUCCCCAUCGCCAUGGUCAAGCUGCCCGCCGCCGUCCCCAACGACGACCCGACCUUUGGCGGAAGCGUCUUUGUCAACCCCGGCGGCCCCGGCGCCUCGGGCGUCAACUACCUCGUCAAGAACGGCGCCGCCCUGCAGAGGAUCCUCAUCGACAAGCCCGGCGUCCGGCACUACGAGCUCAUCUCGUUCGAUCCGCGCGGCAUCGGCAGGACCGCUCCCGCCGUCGACUGCUUCGGCCCCAACGACUUCGCCCGCACGGCAUGGACCCUGCAGGACCACGCCAAGGGCUCGCUCACCUCCGGCGAGGGCGCCGUCAUCAACGGCCUGAGCCUCUCCAAGGCCCUCUCCAUGCGGUGCGAGCGCGAAGCAGGGGAAGCCCUAAGGUACGUCAACACGCCCAGCGUCGCCCGCGACAUGGCCGAGAUGGUCGACAAGAUCGACGAGCUGGGGAAGCGCGAGGCCGGCCCCCAAAAAGCUGCUGCUGCUGCUCCCAAGCCCGAGGGCAACAACAACAAGCCGCGCCACGGCGGCCCGGAGGAGGCGGACGAUCCCACGCCGAGGCUGCAGUACCUUGGCUUCUCGUACGGCACCGUCCUGGGCAACACGUUUGCGUCCAUGUUCCCGGGCCGCGUCGGCCGGAUGGUCCUCGAUGGCGUUGCCGAUGCGACAGAUUACUUUGAGGGAGAUGGCUGGACGACCAACCUCGAAGACACAGACACCAUCUUCGAGGAAUUCUGGGACGGCUGCUUCAGGUCCGAAAACAGCCUCUGCCCGUUCCGCGAAACCGACGACAGCCCCAAGAAGGCCCGCAAGCGCUUCUGGAACUGGGUCGAAGCCCUCGACGAGUCCCCCGCGCCCAUCUACCGCCCCAACGGCGCCCUCAUGAGCCUCACCGGCGAGCAGGUCCUCCGCGUCGUCGGCAGCGCCCUCUACAAGCCCCGGCAGCAGUUCCAGCCCCUGGCCCUCGCCCUCUUCGAGGGCAUGCAGGGAAACCUCACACGCGUCGCCAGCUGGGCCGACUCCGGCAUCCCCAAGGUGGCCGACGCUUGUCAGGCUAAGAGAAAUGCUGCGUCGGGCUUGCUGCCGUAUCCCAAGGACGAGGGCGGGUUUGCCGUGCUCUGUGGUGAUGGGGAGGACGUGACUGAUCGCAACACCAAGUUCUGGAAAAAGUACGCCAAGAAACAGGGCGGCAGGUCAAAGGUCUUUGGUGUCUUCUGGGCCUCCAUCCGCAUGACCUGCUCUUCCUGGCCUGUCCGUCCCAACUGGUCCUUCCAGGGCCCCUUUUCUACCCCGAAACACAGCGCCAGGCCGCUCUUUAACGCAAAGCCUGCCGCGCCGCUGCUCUUUAUCAGCAGCCGCCUCGAUCCCGUCGCUCCCCUCAAGGCUGCUCGCAAGAUGGCCAAAGAACAUCCUGGCUCUGCUGUUGUGAUUCAGGAGUCCAUUGGACACAGCGCCUGGGGCAGUGCCCCAAGCAGGUGUACCUGGAAGGUAGUCGCCGACUACUUCCACAGCGGCGCCGUCCCAGGGAAGAAUACUGUUUGCCGCCCAGACUGUGGUCCCUGGGACCAUGUCUGCGAGGCGGCCACGGGAAAGAGGGCCGAGGAUAGCGUGAGGGAAUGGGAGGCGCUGCAUCUCGGCGCGGAGCCGAUGGAGGUGAGGCGAUACGCUCUUGGUCUGGAGUAG